ACUGCGAAGCACCUUCCUCGGCGGAGAACGCGACGGCGAUAGUCACAUGCCGGUCGCGGUCGAGUGUACUCGUCGUGGAUUCACAUCUCUGCUCUGCUCACAAAUAUGGCGAUUUCGUAAAUGCCAUCGAUGAAUGAUCUGGAACCAGAUUCGCGAUCGCAGAGGAUCAUGAGGAAUGAUCAGAGGUUUCUGAGGGACGAGACGUAGGGGGAUAUGUCCGGCUGCUUGUCCUCAUCUAUGACAGGAUCGACAGAUGCGGGGCCUUUGCAGCCCCAGGAAGAUCCCGCGCCGCUUCCUCCUGCCACCCGAUCGCCAGCAACUUUGGACCUUAGACCAGUGUCAGAGGACAACAGUUCGUUGGCUCGACGAGGACAUCAUCGUCAUCAGCCACGACGUAAAAUGACGUCCGGUCCGGCAUCCGGACAAGCAAUACAAUUGACUCCUCUCUGGGAACAUGUGGUGCGUACGCGUAGGUUUCCAUCCGAGGUUGAUACGCAGGCGACUUUUGUCGAGAUCUCCGAGCGACUCCGAGAUCCAGAAUGGGAAGUACGCCAACACGCACUGCGGGUGCUGAUGGACGUUUUGCCAACGUUGAAUGCCGAUGUCGUUGACAAGGUCAUGCAACCGGUGGUGCCGGAGUUGAUCAAUAAUUUGGGACAUCCUGCGCCAGCGGUUCGUAAGGGUGCCUUGGACACGCUGCGGGUAUACCUCGUCCAUAGCCCUAACAGAGACAGCAUGGUGAAAAAUAUCCUUCAUGACGGUUUAAAUCGCCCGGAUGCUCACAAUCCAUUCCAGACGAACGUAACGACAGGCGUGAUACUAAGCGCGCCUCUGUUGCUGUUUCCAUCCUCCAACAGUCCGCCUCCGACGGCACAGGUCCUUAAAGAUGCCACGAUCGCUUUCGCAUCUCGACUGGUUCAGGUACCUCAUCAGGAGGCCGUUAUCAAGUCUCUCGUGAAGAUUCGCGACAUGGUUGGCGAGGAGGAAUUCGAAAGUUACUUGGCAGAUUACGACGACAAGCUGAAGAAAAACAUCGACGUUCUUUCCAAGAUUUACAACAUCAAGCCAAGCAGAAAGAAACGAGAAAAAAAUUGCGCGCAGGAUAUCAUGAAGGAGCAAGGCUUCGACAAGUCUUGGGACAGCGACAGUGAUACCUCCGGCAUUGCCGAGGAGGAGGAUGAAGCCGCUAUGCCACCCGCAAGAGUCGUUCUCGAAACCGAGAUCAAAUUCAACGAGGAGACGGCUAUCACGAUGACAAUCCUGGAAGAGAAGGACGAGGACGACAGCGAGAACGACGACCAGCAGAAUAUCGAGACCACCAAGAACGACACGAAGAAUAAUGAGGCUGCCCAUAAGAAUCUCUCAUCUCCGGACAGACACGGACGGAAGACACCUAGACGGGUGCAUUUCGGCGGUGAAAUCGUUAAGUUAAGGACGCCCGACAGCGAUGAGACGGAAUCGAUCGAGAGAACGUCUAAAACGAGGAUACCGUUGCCCGUGUCGCCAGUCACUAAAAUGCCGGAAACGACGAGGAAACGACCGUCGUCGCAACCCUGCAGUCCCCACAUGGAGAAGCGAGGAUCGAGGCGAGCUUCCAGAUCGGCAUCCAGCAGCCCGAAAAGAGAGACGUACACGCACAACGCGCAGUUGAGUCCCAAAAAGAGCAUCCUCACGAGAACUGGAGGGCCUCUCAUCGUCAUCAAUCCCGCGACGGAGGAAACCAAGAACGCGAGGAAUUCUGCGAAAGAAAGAAGAAGCGGCAAAGUGAUUUCAGAAAACGGGAAUUCUCGUGUAAUUAGUAUUGCGCAGGAAAUCGAGGAAGCGUCAAAGAAAGAAGAAAUGGCGUUAGUUCAGGCUGCUGCGUCAUCAGCAGACAAAGCAGAGAAAUCGGCGAAAAACGAAAAUAAUCGAACGAAAAGUGAGAACGAGGUAUCCAGAUCGAGCCAAGAUGCGAACACAGAUAUCUCGAAGGAUGCAGUUUCGGUGCAAGAACUAGCGAUUCUUGAAAAAAAUCAAGCGAAUGCUACCAAUUCGAACAGGAGCGACAUUGUCGAAGAUCCCUCGAAGCAGGAGAGAAACUUUACGCCCACGAGAUCGAGCCCGAAACGGAAGACGGUUAAAGAGAGCAGAGAAAGGGGAUGCGCGAACGAUGAAAAGCCGUCGGAGGGCGACUUUCCUCAUGAAUCUAAGAUGAAUGCUCGCGCGAAUGAUUUUGCGUUUGGGUCGCCGGUCAACGAUGCAAACGAAUGCGAUACGCGAAUGGAUCCGAUAGACGAUCUGAUGAACAGUAAUUUCCUUAAUGACAACGAACAGGCUGUGCACACUUUCGAUGUGAUUGCGAACGAUCGUGUAGUGACCAGUGCAAAAUACGACGACGGCGAGUUCUCUGUUAGGGAUAGUGACGGUGAGGGGCAGAAAGGAAACAGUCAGCAUGACGGAAAGAGCGCGUCGGAGGGAAACGGAAGUAUCACUUGUAGCAGCAGCGAGGGCGAGGGCAAACCGCAGGAACCCAACUGGGAAGAAUUGGGGUUGGUCGGUCAGGAGGUGCUGGACGACUUGCACAACAAGGACGAUUGGCGGGCGCGCGUGAGAGGCUUAGAGAGAGUCGCGUCAGCUCUGCGGACGUCCUCGGCGCUAAUUGCGAUAGAGUCACGAUUAGGAUCGCUCUUGCAUGCGGUGCUCGGCGGCGAAAGGAGCUGCCGAGUAGCUGCCGCUGGCUUAGCGGUGGCGAAGGUGGUCGUUGCCGGUGUCUCAGAGGACGCAUUGAGGAAGAAAUUGCCUCAACUAGCUUGGGGUCUCGCGAGGCAGGGUGGUUCAUCUGCGGCACAGCUCGCUCGAAUCGCCAUGCUUCGACUCAAGCCUAGCUUGCUGUUGGAUCAAUUGUUACAGACGCAUUGUCUGUGUGCUAGAAAUGCCAAGACGAGAGAGAACGCGUUGCAGUUGCUGAUCUUCUCGUUGGUAACAUUCCCGAGUACGGAGUUUAAUUUGGACAUGGUGGCUAGCCGAGUGGCGACAAUGGUUGUGGAUCAGCGGCGCAGAGUACGCCAAGCCGCACUCGAUACCUUGGCUGUUUUAGGACAAAUUUACGAUCCCGAGGAAGUCUUGGAGGCGGGUAAACGAGCGGCCGAGGGGUGUGCCGAUGCCGAAGCGAUGAUAGCCGCCAUCAGAGCACGACUGGCCAGAAAAUCACUGCCAUUGGUGUCGGCUGACGGUCUCGUGGUGUACGGUUUGCAAAUUUCACCGACUGUUCAGAUCGCUACUGGUCCUGACGUCGAUUGGAUCGUGGCAGGAAGCGGUUCAGUUUCGCCUGGCACCGGACGUACUAGGGGACAAAUUAUUGCUACAUCCAGAUCAGCGCAAGGAAGAGCGUCCAGGAACGAAAGCGUGAAUAAUUAUGAAAAUCCGUGGAUCGAAAGACCGAGUCUUGUUACGCUUGGUGUCGGCCUACCGUCCAAAGCUGAACAAUCGACGGCCUGGCAAAUAUUACCUUCGCAAACUAAUAAUGAUAAUGAGAAUGAGAUAAAAGGUCUGAAUGGACGAAACAUAAAUGCAGGAGUUAAUUUAAGAUUUGAAGAGCAACAGCGAUCAUCUUACACGUUAUCAAAUCAGUCGUAUGAUAUUGUCGGAACGGAUGCUAAGAAUCAUAAAGAAGUUCUCGAGCAGAAAACGCGAAAUCGUAAAGACGUUAAAGAAUUAGUUGCUAAGGAAAAGGAAAAUGCUAAUCUCAGAGGAGAAUCCAAGAUCCCGAUAUUAUCAACGCGUUCCAAACCAACAGUAACGCAAAAUCGUGAACAAGCCAUCAAUUCGGAACAUGUUAAUUCUAAUUCGCGAAAGCAGACGAAAGAUGCGUUAGACAACAACAAAAAUCGAAUAAACCCGCGACAAGAAAACCUCGGAUCAUACGCUACACAUCAACGACGGAAGCGCCUUCAACGAGAGGAAAAUCAAGCGUUGAAUCAGACAUUUGAUUCGCAUUACGGCAAUUAUCAUUCUACGAAAGCUUUGGGAGCAACAAAUAGAGAAUACAGUGCUCCAGUAAACAGGCAAGCAACUUUUUCGGAUGAUAAUUUACAUAGUUACGGCAGAUUCGUGGAUACCAAUAAAUUCACGGAUAAAAACGAAAAUUUGGAUAGUACAGGAGGACGUCAACGUUCCUUACCGAGGAACAUGCAGCAGCAAGCGCUUGUCGAAACCUACAGCUCGAUUUACGAACGGCAACGAAAACUUAUGGAUAGAAAUUCAUAUCGACCGUUACAAACUGCACCAAGUUAUUAUGGGUAUCACGAAUCUCAAAAUUUAGAUCCGCAAGGUGUAGAUAACGAGAGAAAUGUGAUAUAUCGACAGUCUAAGGAUCGUAGAACGAAAGAUGCGACAGUGGCGGAGCAAAGGACCGAGAUGGAUUUAGUUUCGUCGGAUCCGCAGAACGGUCGUCCGUUUUCCGAAAAUUUCACCGAUCCUUAUCGCAGAAGGUUACGAUCAUUAUCUCCAUCGCAACUCCAUCGAUCCAGACAAUUCGUCAAAUUAGCUUCCAGCAAAUUUCACGCUGCAUCGAUGUACGAUAUUGAUAAAGCAGCUGUGGUGAGCGAGGAGGAAUACAAUGCACGGAACAAACGGCAUUUCUCAUUCGAGAAGAACUACCGCAAGCAAAACUCAAAUAACGAGGAAUUCCGGUAUCAAGAGUUUCUACGUUCCUUCUCAGUCGGUGGGCGUGCGCGCGAACGUCUCAAAAGCGCAAGCAGUUCGUCGUCAGACGUUUCCAGAAGCGAUCGACAAGGCACGGAGAAUCAAGAUGCGGCAUUGCGGCAUUAUCGCAACAAUAGUGAAUCGUCGACUCCACGGAGUCAGGAUGCCGAUGAUCCAGCGUUCGACGUUAUCACGCAACAAGCGACGAAUCGCCAAAGCGCUCGCGACGAUGUCGAUUCCUUUUUCACAUCGCUGGAUACUAACAAGGUGGAAUAUCCGAUUGAAAUGGCAAACGCAUCGACCGUGGAGGAGGUUUCGAAGGAAUGGAGCAACGAGGAUGACAUGAAGCCGACGGUUCGAAUCGGAUCGAUUUCAAGGCACUCGAAUCACGAAGAGCUAAUCGCCGUGGAUGAAAAUUGCAACAGAAAUACAGGGAGUAGUUCCAGCGUACCUGAACAACCGGAGGAUGACGGAUUGAACGCAAGGAAAAAGUCUAUCGUAAUCCCGAAUGAGCGGAUUCUCCCUUACGAAGAUUCGAAGAUAUUGAAGGAGUCGUUGCAAGCAAAAGCUGGGAGUCCCAAGAAAUCAUUGUAUCAGUCGCCGAAUCAUAAUGCUCAUCAUCCAUCGAUAUCCAAUUCGCCAUCUAAACGGACCUCUCACUGCAGUUCGCGCGAUUUGAUGGGUGACAGAGAUUCUAGCGAAGAAAGGAUAGUUGCUUCCAUAGUACCUGACGAGGAUGCUUCCAUUCAAUCGUUGGACGCUGUUGGUCAUCCUCCCAUAGACAUUGGCAUGACUGGUAAUUCACCGGCGAUUAUUAUCGCGUCGAGACCGCAUUCUCACGAAACGGUCGAGUACACCGAAGACAUCGAAAACGCUAAUUCGCGUAACAAAAUUAAUGCUGAGGAGUCCACGGAGGAAGAGUCCAGCGUGAACGACACCUUGGAGGAUAGACAAAGUAAAGACAGCGCGAGCGAAACGAACACGGAACCAGGAAUAUUGAAAAUCGAGUCUGAGCUCGCUGAAGCCAUCGAAUCCCGCAGGAGAGCCCCUUCGAAAGUACCGUUACGUGGUGCCGGUAGGUACCGAUCGUUUUCCAAUAAAAAAGCUCCGGAGAAACCCUUGGAAAAAUCGAAUCGAAUGGUACAACAAUGCUUCGCGCAGCUUGAGAACAAGGAUUGGGAGGUAACGAUGAAAGGUUUAAAGGCGCUGUCUCAGAUUACAAAGCAGCAUCCGGAGUACUUGGACGCUUGUGCAGCUGGAACGAUAGGCAGAUUGCUGGGACGACACAUAAAGAAUCUUCGUUCGCAAGUUGCGCGAGCUGCGUGCCUCUCUGCCAGUGACGUCUUCUGUUCUCAGAUCCGAGGCAUCGAUCAAGAUUUGGAUGACAUAGCUGGACCUCUACUUCACCGAACGGCUGAUACGAACCGAUUCCUUCGCGCGGAUAGCAACGCAGCCCUGGAUCAGAUGGCUCAACAUUUGCCGCCUCAUAAAACCAUCGGAAUCAUCGUGCUUCGAGGCGCCAAUCAUCAGAACGCUAUCGUUCGCGCGGCAACCGCUCGACUGCUGUCGGACAUUACCGAGCGCAUUGGACCUGAUCACAUCAUGAUUUUACCGCGUGACGUGAAGGAUAAAUUAUUAAAUGCGGGCGCGAAAUUGUUGAUGGAUGGAAAUCUAGACGCUAGAAAUCAUGCAAAGAGAUUGUUUCGGCGAUUGACCCGCUGCGAGGGAUUCCGGAAGGCACUGACAGACGCGGUGCCCGAAACGACGUUAAGACACAUCGACAAGACCAUGAAGACUCUGUAAUCGACUGCUUGGCCGAUAUCAAGUCUGCGUAAUGUAAUUUAACUGUUUGCCGUUGUCUCAUCGCUGCACCAUUCCAAAAGACUGCUUUAUUGCGAACAUUGUUUUAACGAUCAGUUAUAGAAGUCAAUUUACGGCGUAGGCAGAGAACGGCUUCUCUCCGCUGCACGUACAUUUUCCUCCUGGAAGUUACAUGGAACGAAAUGUGAUUCUAGUGAUUAAUAAGCGAAAAAGGCUGGAGAAGGCUUAAAAAGGCUCACGUAUCAGAACUUGAUCUAUUAUUUUUCAUCGACGAAUUGUAUUGCGCGGUGAGGUUUUGAUACUUAUAUAACUUUAAUACAUAUGCAUGUAUAUGAAUUUUUUAUACGAUUGUAUAAAACAAUGCACUUUGGUACAAGUGCAUUUGGAGAACUUGUAGUGCCUUCACAUUGGUCAUUAUAAAUCAUCUCCAGUUUAGCUCAAAUACCUUUCCUACGUUUUCGGAAGAAGAAAAAGAUAUUACAUUAUACACAUGCUGUUGUCUUCACCAACUCUACAUUAACGAGUUGCAGGAAGAAAAAAACAUAAAGCAAAUUUCCGCGGGGAAAAGAAUUCAUUGCUGACGGCAAUGAGUCUGUUUCGGAAUCGGUAAUAUCUUUUUGAAGUGAAAGUUUAUUUUUGUUAGUUCAAUAUAUAUUAUUUCUCACUUAGUUUCUCAAGAAUGUUAAUCUACAAUAAAAAUUUGUGCGGAGCAAAUAUCAAAUGCGAAAAUUUUAGAAUUUGUUCAUAUAAGAAAUUGACGUUAUAAAUAUUUAUUUAAAUUAUUAAAUUUUUAAGUUUAAACCGUCCGAUUUAAAUCUUUUUAGAAAGAAUUGUAUAUCAGAGAAUAACAAAUAUUUAUAUAAAAUAUUUAAAUAUACAUAAUAAAAUAACAAUUUAUAUGUAUACAUAUAUCAUCAUAUCAAGAUAACUGCUUCUAUAUUAUUGAAGGCACAUAAAUCUAUAUAUAUUAUUGAUAAAUAAAAUUAAUGUUGUUAUAU